GCUUGCCGGCGAGGAGUGUAGAAAGUGCUGUUCGCAGACUGCGUGGUAAAGGAGAGAAAGCGACAGAAGAGAGAGCCAUAGUGCUGACGUUGAAGGCCCGGCCCUGUGAGGUUCCACAGGGUAAGUGGCGUUGGCCUGGAGGCAGGGGCGAAGAGGAAGGAAAGAGGAUUUGGGCUGGGGGCGGGGCUUGCGGCACAGCGUGGCUUCUGAUUGCUGGAGUGCGGCUGCCAAUCUCGCAGAAUCGCUCUGUUAACCAGUGCGCUGGCGAGACGCGCUCAGAUAUACUGAGCGAGCCCUGGGAAGCAGCCUCAGAUCCUGACGGUGCAGCAACCCGCAGCCUCAGCCAGGGAGUCCCAGCCGCUUUCAAUGGAGGAGAAGCCCGGCCAACCACAGCCUCAGCACCAUCACAGCCACCACCAUCCGCACCAUCACCCCCAGCAGCAGCAGCAGCAGCAGCAGCCGCACCACCACCACCAUUAUUAUUUCUACAACCAUAACCACAACCAUCACCACCACCAUCAUCACCAGCAGCCUCACCAAUACCUGCAGCAUGGAGCCGAGGGCAGCCCCAAGGCCCAGCCAAAGCCGCUGAAACAUGAGCAGAAACACACCCUCCAGCAGCACCAGGAAACGCCGAAGAAGAAAACAGGCUAUGGUGAACUAAAUGGUAAUGCUGGAGAAAGAGAAAUAUCUUUAAAGAAUCUGGGUUCUGAUGAAGCUAACAGCCCUAUUUCCAGGGUCCUCAAUGGCAACCAGCAAGUUGUAGAUACUAGCCUGAAACAGACUGUAAAGGCCAGCACCUUUGGGAAAGCAGGAAUUAAAACCAAGAAUUUCAUUCAGAAAAACAGUAUGGACAAAAAGAAUGGGAAGUCUUAUGAAAAUAAAUCUGGAGAGAACCAGUCCAUAGAUAAGACCGAUACUAUAGCAAUUCCAAAUGGUGUUGUAACGAAUAAUUCUGGCUAUAUUACUAAUGGUUAUAUGGGUAAAGGAGCAGAUAAUGAUGGUAGUGGAUCUGAAAGCGGAUAUACCACUCCUAAAAAAAGAAAAGCUAGGCGCAAUAGUGCCAAGGGUUGUGAAAACCUUAAUUUAGUGCAGGACAAAAUAAUGCAACAAGAGUCCAGUAUCCCAACCUUAAAACAAGGACUUGAAAAUUUCAAGCCUGACUAUAGUGAACAAAAGGGAAAUCGAGUAGAUGGUUCAAAGCCCAUUUGGAAGUAUGAAACUGGGCCUGGAGGCGCAAGUCGUGGAAAACCUGGUGUGGGUGAUGUGCUUCGGAAAAGCUCAGAUGUUAAACCUGGUGCGAGCAGCAAAAAGUUUGAUGAUCGAUCCAAAGGAAAGCAUGCUUCAGCUGUUGCCUCCAAAGAGGACUCAUGGACACUAUUUAAACCUCCCCCAGUUUUUCCAGUGGACAAUAGCAGUGCUAAAAUAGUUCCUAAAAUAAGUUAUGCAAGCAAAGUUAAGGAAAACCUCAACAAAACCAUACAGAACUCUUCUGUGUCACCAUCUUUAUCUUCAUCCUCUUCGUCAUCUACUGGGGAAACUCAGACCCAAUCUUCAAGUCGGUUAUCCCAGGUUCCUAUGUCAGCGCUGAAAUCUGUUACUUCUGCCAGCUUUUCUAAUGGGCCUGUUUUAGCAGGGACUGAUGCAAGUGUAUAUCCUUCAGGGGGCCAGCCACUGCUAACUACUGCUGUUAAUACUCUAACAUCCAUUUCUUCUGGGACUGAUUCAGUUCUCCAGGACAUGAGUCUAACUUCAGCAGCUGUUGAACAAAUUAAGUCUAGCCUUUUUAUCUACCCUUCAAAUAUGCAAACUGUGCUAUUGAGCACAGCACAAGUGGAUCUGCCCUCUCAGACAGAUCAGCAAAACCUGGGGGAUAUCUUCCAGAAUCAGUGGGGUUUAUCAUUUAUAAAUGAGCCCAGUGCUGGCCCUGAGACUGUUACUGGGAAGUCAUCAGAUCAUAAAGUGAUGGAGGUGACAUUUCAAGGAGAAUAUCCUGCCGCUUUGGUUUCACAGGGUGCUGAAAUAAUCCCCUCAGGAACUGAGCAUCCUGUGUUUCCCAAGGCUUAUGAGCUGGAGAAACGGACUAGUCCUCAAGUUCUGGGUAGCAUUCUGAAAUCUGGGACUACUAGUGAGAGUGGAGCCUUACCUUUGGAACCCAGUCAUAUAGGUGACCUGCAAAAGGCAGACACCAGUAGUCAAGGUGCUUUAGUGUUUCUCUCAAAGGACUACGAGAUAGAAAAUCAAAAUCCUGUGGCCUCUCCUACGAACACUUUGUUAGGCUCCUCCAAAGAACAGAGAUACCAGAGAGGCCUAGAAAGAAAUGAUAGCUGGGGUUCUUUUGACCUGAGGGCUGCUAUUGUAUAUCACACUAAAGAAAUGGAAUCUGUUUGGAAUUUGCAGAAGCAAGAUCCCAAAAGGAUAAUCACUUACAAUGAAGCCAUGGAUAGUCCAGAUCAAUGAAGGACCAGACUGCCUAUUUGCAACCUUUCUGCAGCAUUAGAGCCACCGUUCAUGGGGGACACAGGCUUUUAUGCUCUUAGAUCUUCAACGCAGCAGAGGAACCAUAAGUAGAAUCACAGGAUAAUAUAUACAAAUAUAUAUAUAUACGUAUAUAUAUAUAGUUAUUUAAAAAAAAGGCAACUGAAAGUAAUUAGACUUCUUAAGGAAUCAAAUUUAUUUCAAGAGACUACACAUGGUUAUUUAAUCUCCGGUACCGAAUAGUUUUUUUUUUCUUCUUUUUUUGUUUUUAAGUGUGAAUGCAAGUGAUUAAUGAAUACAGACUUACAAGUGUGGUUCUAAAGUUCCUGCUGUCAUCAACUUGGGCAACAAAUGACCCACUGGAAAGGCAAAUCCACGUAAAAGAUCUCUGUAUUUUGUUCUGUGACUAAAGUGAUACACUAAUCACGGGGAACCCAGAAUGAUUCAACAUUUUCCCCCCACUCCUCCUCUGAUCUUUUGGUUUUACUUUAGGCCCUGCGAGAAUGUUGGAUAAAUGCCUUGAAGUUUGCAGGGGUGUAUUUUUUUAGCGAAUAUGAUUUGCAUGUCUCGCCAGGAGUUAAGCAGCCUCCGUGGGUUGUUAGGGGAAUAUUUUCUUUCCUUUUAUUUUUUGUGGGGUGGGGAUAUGGGAGGGCCUUGAAGUUAUAAUUCUGGAAUAGUUGGUGGUACAUAGUUAAACUUGGCUUCGGUUACCUAUUGGACUUUUAACAACUGAAGAAUCCAUGAGUGUCAUUUUUAAAAAGUUGCAGAACAAGCAAUUGGCUUGGAUAUUCAAUAUAGUACAAUUUUCCUGUGCCCAUAUUUUAAUGUAAUUGUAUAACUGGGAGCAAAAAAUAUAAUCUACUUUCCAACUGUAGGUGCUCCGGACUUGCUCUCUGUCACUAACACUAAAUGUGCUGUUUCCCUUGUUUUUCAUCAGACAUCUAGGAGAAAUUUCUGUACUUUUCUGUAAAUUCUCUCUUUUAAUUUCUCAGCAAAAUCUAAGAGGGGAAGAAAAAUAUUCAUUAAAACUAAAACGUCAUGUUUUUAGCCAGUGAGGAGGUAAUAAACCCUGCCUGUAGAAGGUGUGUUUUCAUGCAACCUAUACUUCUGAGCUUAUUAGCUUCUAGUUAUAUCUUAAUAAAUAUAUUUUAGUACUAGAGCAAAAUGGGUUUUUAAGGAAAAUAAUGUGAAAUUCUGGAAAUUUUCUUUUGGGUAGAGAAGAACAUUAGCCCUGUCUCAUCAUCACAUUACCAUCCCUGUUGCACUGCAGCUUGUGUAUAGCAUGCUAAAAUAAAUUUAUUUGUGUGUGUGCAGAAAUUAAGGGUCCAAUUAAGAUUGGUAUGUUAGUGGCAUAAUAACAAGUUGUCUGGCCUGACAUAGCAUCACAUUACACACAUACAUACAUACACACACAGAGAAAUUAGUAUAUCCAUGUAUGUCAAAUACAGGUUAAAAUAGCAGGGCAUUUAUAUAAAGAGUUGUAGUCUUCUAAUAAAAGUAGACUGAAUCCCCUGGGGUAUGUGGGGAGAAAGUAACUACUUUUGCUCUACCCCUUUGCUUAAGAAAUGUCCAGUUUUGAGCGACUGGUAGUAUGGAUGGGUUUUCUUGUUUUGUUGAUUAUUUGAUACUUUUAACAAGUAGUUUAUGAACGAAGCUGUUGGACUCAACAUAGAGUAGAGAAAAUAUCUUUUAGUCUGGAUUUCUGCCCUGCUUAGAUUUUAAAAGUAUAAGCAUGGAUUGCCAAUUCCACUUGAUGUAAACAAAACUUUUUUAUACAUAAUAUAUAUAUAUAUAAAUAACUUAUUGUUAUCAGUCCAGGUUCAGAAACUUGUGGUAGGCCAGUUCCAGAUAGUUUCAUUUCACCUGUAAACUGUAUCACUUUUACUGAUAUUGUAAUUUUCAAAUGUAUAAUAUGUUUACAGAUGUGCCCUGCAUUUAGUCUGCCUUGUUCCUAUUUUGAUUUUUGUUGAGUCUCCUGCCUGCUUGCCAAAAGCUAGGAUGCUUCAGGCCCGUGUACAAUUGAAAGGAGAGGCAUCCUUGAGCUUUAAAGCAUUGAACAAACUGGAAAAUAUAACAUACCACAUACUGAAAUGAAAAAAAAGUCUGUGUUUUUGUGUUUUUUAAAUAAAAAUUUUCAAAAAGUU